AACGAGCCAUGUUGUCAGAGAAACGAAAUGGGCGCUGCCAUUUUGACAGUUUUGGACGAGUGGCUUGUUGAAGUUCAUUAAAAUUUCAUUUUUGACCGUUUCAUUGAAGUAAAUGCAAAAUCUUCAGGAAAACUAAAUGUAUGGGAAACACGUGAAACUUUCUGAUAACAAUAAUGGGCCAUGGAGCCAGCACGAAUGUGAAGAAAUUAACGAUCAGUCAGAGUGCUCACGGAUCACCGAGGAAGUCGAAUGGGGAAGCGGGAGCAGCGGACGAAGAAAGGGCGCCGUCCCCGGCGAAACUCGGGUGGACAAGAUCUAGCUCAGAUGGAUGCAUUGUUGAAAACCUGAAUACAAGUAAAACCAAGGUAGAGCUCUUGGAACAGCAAUUGGAAGAAUUCAAGGAGCUGUUCCGUCAUGCGGAUGUGAAAGCUGAAGAAGCCCAUGCUAGGGCUGUUACACUUGAGCAACAGAUGGCAGAAGUUGAGGGCACCAACUUUGAGCUUCUAGAUCGAGUAUCAGAACUCGAGCAACAACUGGAGGAAUCUAAGGACCAGACGUCACCUGACGCGGAGAGAGAAUUUUCUCAAAUGUUACUGGAGAAAGAUCAAAUUGUUGAAAAGCAGGAACAGCAGAUCAAAAGUUUGGAGGAAGACUUGGCGAAAAUGCGCAUCAAACUCAAGAAGAGGCUGCGGGCCGCGCAGACGAAAUUGGCCGAGGCGAAACAGGAGGCGGGCCUCAAGGUCUACAGCCUGAAGGACCAACUCACGUCGCUGCAAGAGGAGAACGCAAAACUCACGGAGCGGUUGGACAGAGCUCAUCAAGUUUCCAGUGCGCGGAGUCGUCAGUGUGGUGCCGUUCCCGCCACGCCCAUUGAUCGCAUCACUGAAGACACGCCCACGGAAGAUGACGGGGAUUGGGAAGACGGUCGAACCAAAGUCAUCUUGGAGAUUUCUAGUCAGCUGAGUGCCCAAGAGCAAAGGAUAUCGGAACUAGAGGAGGCAGUCCGAGAACGGGAACAAACGAUACAGACCCUGCGGGCACAACUGAAGGCACACCCCCGUCCUCCAAGUGGGUCACAGAAGAAUCAAAGCGCAGCGUUCCGCUCUCGAAGUGCAGAGAAGAGAUCAGAACUCCCUGUUGGUGAUUCCUCAAAAGAGACUGCUAGCGACGAAGACGGAUGUCACCAGUCUUCUGUGAGAAGGCAGAGAACCUCUUCAUCAUCUAGGAGAGAGGGUCAUCGGAGCUCCUCGUCGGGGAGACGUGAAACAUCACAGGAGCAGAGACCGACAGAUAAACCAUCAAAUGGCAGUUAUUCAAACCGUGAGAUUAGGAAUGUUAGUAGUGCCAGCAGUGGGAGAUUGAGACAGCAAUCGGCAAACAGUCUGGACUCGGCGAUAUCAGAUCGCAGCGACUCAAGCAGCGCAAAGGCCUCCUCCGCUGGUUCCAGUCGGGAGAGACGCAGACUCAGAAACCAGCGAGUCCGUCAAUCAUCAGCCGACGAGAGGACCACUGCUCAGUCAGAAAUCCAACUGCAUGAUAGGGAUUCGGGAAUCGGAAUCACAUCGGAUGCGAAAUUAAAAGACGAUGAUGAUUUAGAGCAGAUGAUGGAAGACAUUGUUGGAAACAGUUGAUGGAAAUAAAUGCAAUCUACUUUAAAUCCAAUUCUUCUCUAUAUCUGCCAAAUUGAAGUGAUAAUAAAUUCAUAUGAAAUCAGGAUUUUGUGGUAAUGUCA